AUGCAGGUCGAAGAGGCAGAGGAUGUGCAGUGCAUCGAUGUGAGGGAGGAGUGGGAGGCGAGCAUAGCCUCCAUCCCUGGUUUCCAGCUCUUUCCCCUGAGCAGGAUGGAGGAAUGGGAGACCAAACUGACGACCAUCCUGGACCCCCAGAAGCCAACCUUCUGUCUCUGUCAUCACGGCAUCCGAUCGCAGCGGAUGGCCCAGCUCCUGGUGAGCAAGGGGUUCCAGGAGGUGUACAACAUUGUCGGUGGCAUCGACGCCUACUGUCGCACCGUGGAUCCCUCUGUCCCGGCAUACUGA